GGGGCUUUAUGCCGCGCUCGCGCUCGCCACGGUUUCCAUCACGUUACCCUUUGAGGCGCGUUCACUUCCCUGUUGGGGCUGUUCGAGCAGAGAGCGCAGACAAACGCUUCAUGAACCUGUUGGUGCCGGUCGCCGACAUGUCUGUUUGAUUCCUGUGCAUGGCGCUGGGUCUGAACGCCUCCAACAUGUCCGAGCCGGGCGGCGCCGGCGCCGGCCCGGAGCAGGGCCCGCUGGCGUACCGCAUGGCCGCCCUGGUCUUCUACUGCUUCGUCUUCGCCAUCGGCGUGGUGGUCAACGCCUCCGCCCUGUGGGUCUUCGCCCUCACCACCAAGAAGCGCAACUCGGUCACCGUGUACAUGAUCAACGUGGCGCUGGUGGACCUGGCCUUCGUGCUGCUGCUGCCGUUCCGCAUGGCGUACCACCAGCGCGACGCCUGGCCCUUCGGCGACCUCUUCUGCCGCGUCAGCGCCGCGCUCACCAUCUUCUACCCGUGCAUGGCGCUGUGGCUGUUCGCGCUGAUCAGCGCCGACCGCUACAUGGCCAUCGUGCAGCCGCGGCGCGCCAAGGAGCUGCGCAACGUGCCCAAGGCGGCGGUGGCCAGCGCCGGCGUGUGGCUGAUGACGCUGGGCAGCACGCUGCCGCUGCUGGUCGCCGCCGGCGACCCCGACGCCGCCGCCAACUUCACCACCUGCCUCAAGAUGCAGGACAUCGUGUACAUGCGCCGCGACAACCCCGUCAACUUCGCGCGCCUGGUCUUCUUCUUCCUGGUGCCCGUGUGCAUCAUGAUCGGCUGCUACGUGGUGAUCGUGGACAACCUGGUGCACGGGCGCACGUCCAAGCUCAAGCCCAAGGUGAAGCAGAAGUCGGUGCGCAUCAUCGCCACGCUCAUCGUGCAGGUGCUGGUGUGCUUCGUGCCGUUCCACGUGUGCCUGGUGCUGCGGCUGCUGGACGGCGGCGAGGACGGCGGCUUCAGCACCGGCGCCGUCUUCACCACCUUCCUCAUGAACAUGAGCACGGUGCUGGACAUCAUCCUCUACUACAUCGUGUCCAAGCAGUUCCAGGACCGCGUCAUCAGCGUGAUCCUCUACAGGAACUACCUGCGCAGCGUGCGGCGGAAGAGCCGGCACACGCACACGGGCAGCGUGCGCUCCAUGAGCAACCUGACCAGCGCCAUGAUAUGACGCCGCCGCCGCCGCCGCCGCGUCGCGGGGAUCAGAGCUCGCAAUUAAUUUGCGAGGCGUAAUUUACACUCACAGUAUGGGAGUGCUGCUGUUGUGGCAAAAACAUCUGUGUCGAGAGCUGAUUGACUCACCCCUGAGACUGGAGAUGUUUUCUGUGCGUCUCCGCUCCGGCAGACGCAGCACGACUGUCUGUGGCUCAGGUGUAACGCGUGCCGGCGCCAAUAAAUCUAGUGCUUUUACAACGCA